AGGCGGAACCGGAAGCGUCUUGUCGUGGGGCUCUGCGGGUUCAGUCGCGGAGUCCUUCCAGCGCCUCGCUCGUGUCCUGCGGUGUCGCUCUUACCCUGGGGGGUGCCAUGGGGGAAGCGGAGAAGUUUCACUACAUCUACAGCUGUGACCUGGACAUCAACGUGCAGCUUAAGAUAGGAAGUCUGGAGGGAAAGAGAGAACAGAAGAGUUACAAAGCUGUUCUAGAAGACCCGAUGUUGAGGUUUUCAGGGCUGUACCAAGAAACAUGUUCCGACCUUUACGUAACCUGCCAAGUUUUUGCGGAAGGGAAGCCUCUGGCCUUGCCAGUGAGAACCUCCUACAAGGCAUUUAGUACGAGAUGGAACUGGAAUGAAUGGCUAAAGCUGCCUGUGAAAUACCCUGACCUGCCCAGGAAUGCCCAGGUGGCCCUGACCAUAUGGGAUGUGUAUGGCCCAGGAAAGGCGGUGCCUGUGGGGGGUACAACAGUCUCACUGUUUGGGAAGUACAGCAUGUUUCGCCAAGGGAUGCAUGACUUAAAGGUCUGGCCUAAUGUGGAAGCAGAUGGAUCAGAACCCACAAAAACUCCCGGGAGAACAAGCAGUACUGUCUCAGAGGACCAGAUGAGCCGCCUUGCCAAGCUCACCAAAGCUCACCGACAAGGACACAUGGUGAAGGUAGACUGGCUGGACAGACUGACAUUUAGAGAAAUAGAAAUGAUAAAUGAGAGUGAAAAGCGAAGUUCCAGUUUCAUGUACUUGAUGGUUGAGUUCCGGUGCGUCCAGUGUGAUGAUAAGGAGUAUGGUAUUGUUUAUUAUGAAAAGGAUGGUGAUGAGUCAUCUCCAAUUUUAACGAGCUUCGAGAUAGUGAAAGUUCCUGACCCUCAGAUGUCUAUGGAGAAUUUAGUUGAGAGCAAGCACCACAAACUUGCCCGAAGUUUAAGAAGUGGACCUUCUGACCACGAUCUCAAACCCAAUGCUGCCACGAGAGAUCAAUUAAAUAUUAUUGUGAGUUAUCCGCCAACCAAGCAGCUUACAUACGAAGAACAAGAUCUUGUAUGGAAGUUUAGGUAUUAUCUUACAAAUCAAGAAAAAGCUUUGACGAAGUUCUUGAAGUGUGUUAACUGGGAUCUACCGCAGGAGGCCAAACAGGCAUUGGAGCUGCUGGGAAAGUGGAAGCCAAUGGAUGUGGAGGACUCCUUGGAGCUGCUGUCUUCCCAUUACACCAAUCCCACAGUGAGGCGGUAUGCAGUUGCCAGGUUACGACAGGCGGAUGAUGAGGAUUUGUUGAUGUACCUCUUACAGCUGGUCCAGGCUCUCAAAUAUGAAAAUUUUGAUGACAUAAAGAAUGGAUUGGAACCUACCAAGAAGGAUUCUCAGGGCUCAGUGUCAGAGGGUGUGUCGAAUUCUGGAAUAAAUCCUGCAGAAGUAGAAAGCUCCCAAAUUAUAACCAGCCCUCUUCCUCCCGUGUCCUCCCCUCCUCCUGCAUCUAAAACAAAAGAAAGUUCAGAUGGUGAAAAUCUGGAGCAAGAUCUUUGUACCUUCUUGAUAUCAAGAGCCUGCAAAAACUCAACACUGGCUAAUUAUUUAUACUGGUAUGUCAUAGUGGAAUGUGAAGACCAAGAUACUCAGCAGAGAGAUCCGAAGACCCAUGAGAUGUACUUGAAUAUCACCCGCACUAUAGAGGAAACCCUGGUAUGAUGCUACAUAGAAUUAACGUUCCUUUCCCUUGAAUCCCUCCAGGGUGAUAAAUCUGUCAGAGUUAUGCGUUCUUUGCUGGCCGCCCAGCAAACGUUUGUGGAUCGGCUGGUGCACCUGAUGAAGGCUGUGCAGCGAGAAAGUGGAAAUCGUAAGAAAAAGAAUGAGAGGCUACAGGCAUUGCUUGGAGACAAUGAAAAAAUGAACUUGUCGGACGUGGAACUUAUUCCAUUGCCUUUAGAACCGCAGGUGAAAAUUCGAGGAAUAAUUCCAGAAACAGCUACACUCUUUAAGAGUGCCUUGAUGCCUGCACAGUUAUUCUUUAAGACAGAAGAUGGAGGCAAAUAUCCAGUCAUAUUUAAGCACGGAGAUGAUUUACGCCAAGAUCAGCUUAUCCUCCAGAUCAUUUCCCUCAUGGACAAGCUGCUACGGAAAGAAAAUCUGGAUUUGAAGUUGACACCCUACAAAGUAUUAGCCACUAGCACAAAACAUGGCUUCAUGCAGUUCAUCCAGUCAGUUCCUGUGGCUGAAGUUCUCGAUACAGAAGGAAGCAUUCAGAACUUUUUUCGAAAAUACGCACCAAGUGAGAAUGGGCCGAAUGGGAUCAGCGCUGAAGUCAUGGAUACUUACGUCAAAAGCUGCGGAAAAUCCCAACAGGUUAAGCAAGUGACAAGACACAAAGGGCCUCCUUACAGAGAGCUCUUUCCUGCCAAAAGCUACUUAACAGUUAUAAUACUUAGCCAUCCAGGCAAACUCUUCCACAUAGACUUUGGAUAUAUUUUGGGUCGGGAUCCGAAGCCUCUUCCUCCUCCAAUGAAGCUGAAUAAAGAAAUGGUGGAAGGAAUGGGGGGCACACAGAGUGAACAGUACCAGGAGUUCCGCAAACAGUGUUACACAGCCUUUCUCCACCUCCGAAGGUAUUCUAAUCUAAUUUUGAACUUGUUUUCCUUGAUGGUGGAUGCAAACAUUCCCGAUAUUGCUCUUGAACCAGAUAAGACUGUGAAAAAGGUUCAGGAUAAAUUCCGCCUGGACCUGUCUGACGAAGAGGCCGUGCACUACAUGCAGAGUCUGAUUGAUGAAAGUGUCCACGCUCUGUUUGCCGCGGUCGUGGAGCAGAUCCACAAGUUCGCCCAGUACUGGAGAAAAUGAAACUGGGUUUGGCCCAUCAAGAUGCUUGUCUCUGUAAGAAAACUAUGUUAAAAGCAACCUGUUAUAUGAUGAAGACUUCAGACUAACAAGCACGGAAGAGAACAUUUCAUCUUCAAGAUGCCAUAUGUCCGCAUGUGCCUCAGUUCUGUUUCCUUGGAUGUUACUGCUUAAAUAGGUCUUGAACGGUUUGUUUUGAAAUACUGUAUAUAUUUAUUUUCAAAUGUAUACAUUGUUAAUAAGCUAAGAAGGAAGACGCUGCUUCCAGAACCAUGUACAUAUUAUGAGAGUUCUGGAGGAAAUUUAUGUUGAAAUAGUCAAACAGUUUAGUCUUUGAGUUUAAAAGUCCUUUUUCCCUUCAUCUCUUCGCAUCAGGAGAGCAGUUAUAUGAAUUUGGAUUAAUUCUCUGUUUUGGUAUUUUGCUUUCUCUCUCUCUCAUUCCUUUUCUCUGUUAUUUCUUCUCCCCUUCCCCCAGUUGUUUUCUUUUCUUUUUUCUCUUGUUUCCCCCCCCCAAUAUACAAUACUUAAAAUUUUACAUGUUAUGGCCCAUUCUUUCACACUUUGAGAAUUGUGCAUAUUUCAAAUAAGAUGGUCAUUUUCUGUUACUUAGAAAUACUGUUUUUUUGUUUCUGUUGUCUUGUAGUUCACAUUUCUCCGAGGUUGUAAGUACAUAUAGCAAGUCCUAAAAAUACAGCUCUCUGAAUAAUUGUCCAAAAGCUAAUAUGACAGCAGCUUUUUGUAUUGAGCCUAAGAUAUUUUUAUGUGCAAGCAUAAACUGUCUUUCUGCAGUAAUUUUUUAUGAAAACCUAGUUUUUAAGAGCAUUUGAAAAUCGCUCCCCUAGACUUGUUAAUAUAACAUAUCCUUUCUGAUUAAAGCAAAAUGAUUUUUGGUCUUUUAAGACUAGAAGUCCCACUAAUCCAUCUAGCUCUCUUGCCUCAUGGAACUUUGGGGAGAAGGAAGACACACAAAUGAGAAGAGCAAGGCGGUGGUGAUUUUUGCCAGUCAAUGUGUUGCAUAGUCAUGUGACUUUGUUUGGAAGGUAAAUAAUAUCUCAUUCUUGUGGUGCUGAAUAAAAAGAUUAAGAAGGUUAAAUUAAGGCAGAGUUUUGGAGAAUGCCAUUAAUUACAAUGUUUGCUACCAAACUCAACUCUGUGAGUUUACCUCUCCAGAAUGAGGUUUACCAGCUGGAAGGCAAGCAUAUAUUAAGUGAUGGUCAUAGAGGCAAAUGGAUUGUGAUUUGUAUAAAACAUCCAUGCAGAUGAGAAAAAUGGUAAAAAUGAAAAGACCUCUGCAAAUAUCAUAAGAGAAUGUGUGCCCAAGCUAAAUGGCAAGCUCCAUCCUCUUAUUUUGCUUUUUCUUUGCUUUCCGUAUUUACAUCAUUUUUUUUCCUUAGCUGUUGGUAACCCGCCUGCAUUCUUAUUCUUUUAAGUCCUAUUUCUGUUGGUACUUUGUCCAAAAGGAAUGGCCCUGUUGAGAGUGACCACUCCAGCUUUCUGAACUUUCUGAAUUCCUCAUUUGUAGCUCUUUAACUGGUACGUGGUAAAGUGGGGUAUUUUGGGGAUAGCCGCAUCUCCUGUUUCAGAAGUUGGCAGACUGUUUUCUGAAAAGGGCAAAGAUAGUAAGUACCUUUUGCUUUGGAAAGCAUAUGAUCCAGUUCACAGCCCCCCAACUGUGCUGUAUCAGUAAAACAGCCACAGAGAAUAAGUAAUCAAACAGCAUGGCCUGAUUGGACCUCAGGCCAUAAUCUGCUGAUCCCUGUUUGAAUCAGCUGUCGGGCAGCGCGGUAUCAUCUGUCUUCAUAAACUCCAUUAUACUCGGCAUGGACGGUAGCAUGAUUUAUAUGUAUAACAUGCUCUAUAAGUAAUUUUUGGAGCAGUAUGAAAUUGUACAAGGGCAAACCCUGACAACCAGUAAGGAGGGUUGAUCCUGAGUAACCUUGUAUUCAGUGCAGACUCAGUAGGGAUUAUGGGGGAGACGGCUCCCUAGGAAGGCAGGCAGGUGUCGACCGAGGAUGGACAGCAGCUUUGGUUUCGCUGAGAGCGUUUUGGCUGCUGGCAGUGAGCCAUCAUGGGAAGAAAAGUGAUGCGUUGGUCUCUGUUGCUCAGAGCAACCUCUGUGCUCCUGCUGUUUCCCCAGCUCCCAUUCUUUCAUUGUUUAGAGUUUCUGCCUUUACCAUUUGUCUCUGUUUUCCUUUACUGUCAUUGCAUUCAGAUUCUUUGUCAAGUUUUAUAGUCUUUUCGAGCACAGUGCUUGCUUUGAGUUUAGACAAAGUAUGUGUGAGGACGCAUUGCCCUAAUUAAAAAUUGCAAGUGCCGUGGUCAUGUACUCUGGAGUCUUCAGAGUGGAUCUCUGAGCUGGAGAGACAUUGUGGGUGGCAGCCACGGAAAGCGGGGCCAUCAGAAAGACAUCAAGUGUGGGCCACGGCCCUAAAUUAAGGCAUUGAUGCAGCCUGAUUUUUGCUAGUCUCUGUAUAGAGUUAGAUGUUCCCCAGCUUUUUUGUAUUACAGAGUUUUCAGGUGCGUAUAUAUUGUAAUAAUAAUAGUCAACGUGAUUUAUAAGGGCUUACCAUUACAUGUCAGGAUUAUGCUAACUGCUUCAGUGCCUUAUCUCACUGUUGUGUGUAACAGCCCUGUGAGACAGAACCGUCUCCCCAUUCUUCAGAACUUUAAGGCCAUUGAAUCAUCCGCCCACAGUAAGGCUGCAGAGUGAGAGCAGAGUUGGGAUCUGAAGUUGAGUUUCUCAGAUUCCAGUGGUCACAGGCUUGACCAUCAAAUCCUUCCGGCCUUUGUUUCUCAUGUGGUGAUAAUACUGACCCCUAGUGUGUGUGUGACUGUGGCUCAUUAGACUGGAAUCUCCCCAAAACAGGCUGUUCUUUACUUACUUUUUGUCAUAAACAGGAUUACUGGGAUCGUCAAUAAAUUCUAGAAAUUUCUAAGAAACUGAGUUGUGUGUCAUCAUGCCACAUGUUCAUACAUGCCUUGAAAUAGGAGAUAAGUUCCUCAGUAAAAACAUACAGGGACAAAAUAAAUCUGAACCAUGCAACAGUUAACCCACAAUCAUCAUGCACUUUAUAUUUUUGCAUAUAGACCUAACAUUGCAAUUUAAAAAUAAAUAAAUAAACCAGA